AUGCGGGAGAGGGACCUACAGAGCAUGUGCAGAAAGGCGCUGCUGCUGACCGUCUGUAUGGUGUCUCUGUGGGGACAACUGAGCAGUGCAUCGUCACACAGAAGCCACAUAGUUCAUGUGAAAGCGGGAACCUGUGAGGUAAUUGCCGCACACCGAUGCUGCAACAAGAACAAGAUCGAAGAGAGAUCCCAGACUGUCAAGUGCUCCUGCUUCCCUGGACAGGUGGCGGGAACAACAAGAGCGGCUCCAUCUUGUGUAGACGCAUCCAUAGUUGCACAGAAGUGGUGGUGCCAGAUGCAUCCCUGCAUGGAUGGGGAAGAGUGUAAAGUGCUGCCAGAUCUCAAAGGAUGGAGCUGCAGUACAGGAAACAAAGUUAAGACAACCAAGGUCACUCGAUAGUCCUCUGUUUCAAGGACAACCUUGUUUGGAACCGGACGUUUGUUUCUCUUACCAACACCGCGAGA